UGAAGUGCCGCCACACACACACACACACACAAAAGCUCUCUCUUUCUCUCUCUCUCUCUCUCUCUCUCUCUCUCUCAUAAUCUCCUUGCCUUUGGCUCAAUCAAAAGCUUCAACCUUUAACAUCCAACAAAAACACAACACCCACUUCUAUUUUUAUAUCUCUUUUGCUUUUUCUAAAUUAUUAUCCUCAUAGCUUCUUCUUCUUAUUAUUAUUGUUACAAUGGCUUCAACAGCCUCAAGGUUCAUCAAGUGUGUCACAGUUGGAGACGGAGCUGUUGGGAAAACCUGCAUGCUCAUUUGCUACACUAGCAACAAAUUCCCCACUGACUAUAUUCCCACAGUGUUUGAUAAUUUUAGUGCAAAUGUGGUUGUUGAAGGCAUAACUGUCAAUUUAGGUCUCUGGGAUACAGCUGGGCAAGAGGAUUAUAAUAGGCUGAGACCAUUGAGCUACAGGGGUGCAGAUGUCUUUGUGUUGGCUUUUUCUUUAGUUAGUCGUGCAAGUUAUGAGAAUGUGUUCAAGAAGUGGAUCCCUGAACUCCAGCAUUUCGCCCCUGGCGUCCCUGUUGUACUCGUUGGAACCAAAUUGGAUCUCCGAGAAGACAAGCACUAUUUGGCUGAUCAUCCUGGCCUGGUGCCGGUGACUACUGAGCAAGGUGAGGAACUCCGUAAGCAGAUUGGAGCUACAUAUUAUAUUGAGUGCAGCUCAAAAACUCAGCAGAAUGUGAAGGGUGUUUUUGAUGCUGCAAUUAGGAUGGUCAUCAAGCCUCCACAAAAACAACACGAGAAGAGGAAAAAAACACGUCAUGGCUGUUUCCUAAAUAUCCUAUGCGGAAGGAAUAUCGUUCGUCAUAAAUGAAACACGUCUGUAUUGAGUCAAAAUUUCAAUAGCUAUUAUGAGACACGGGGGAAGCAGUUUGCAGCAAUUUUAAACUUAGACAUAAAAUCACUUUGCUGGAGUUUGCAGUAUAGUAUAGCGGUAUAGCUACUUACUUACAUUUGACCGUUUUCAAUUUAGUUUCUUGAUAGGUUUUUAUGGCUUGAGGAAUUAUGAAAUAUUUGCAGCUUAUAUAUGUUGUAAAGAAAUGACACAAUUUGUUGGCUAGCUACCAUUUUGUUUGCAUGUGAUGGAAUUAUUAUGUACAUAAAGCAUACAAGAGGGAGCAUUCUCUAAGAUUUUAUGUCCCUUCAGCUUGUGCAAAGUUAGCAAUUGUUUGGUCUAGACUAAUAUCUUGCAAGCUUUUCAAUUGAUACUUUCUUAUGCCAUUUGUUCUCUGGAACGAGAUUUUAUGUACCUAUGCAUAUGUAGUCCACAGUUUGUGGUGUACAUUAUUUAUUAAAUCGUGUAUGGUAAAUUAUGUCUUUAUUUA